GCGCGAUAUUCGCGACGUCGACACUGUUCGCGUCGGUCGAUACCGCCCAUCCGACAACGCUCUCCGCGAGAAGAAGAUGACCCCCGCCGGCCUGGUGUGCUCGAGCGCGGCGCUGCUGGUGCUGCUGGCGGCCGUCCCCGCGCACGGCCGCAUCUACGGCGAGUGCGAGCUGGCCAGGGAGCUCAAGCAGAACGGUUUCCCCGUCAGCCAGAUUCCCACCUUCGUGUGUAUCGCCUACCACGAGUCCCGGUACGACACGGCGGCCGUGAGCAAGCCGAACCGCGACAAGAGCAUCGACUACGGCAUCUUCCAGAUCAACAGCCGCUGGUGGUGCGACCGCGGCCCCAAGCUUGGCUGCGGCGUCGCGUGCCAGACGCUGCUCACGGACAUGGACCGCGUCUACAAGUGCGUCCACGCCAUCUACGACGAGACCAAGCGCCUCAAGAAGGACGGCUUCAAGGCGUGGACCACCUACAAGUACUGCAAGGACCCGUCCGCCUUCGCCGCCAGCUGCAAGCUCUAGGCUCAUCUCACUCCGCCCCGCUCCGCCCCCAUCCGAACAUGUCAAACGUGGGGUACGUUGGGGAAGACAACAGGGUAAGGAAAGUUCACCCUGAUGGAGCUGGCACCUAGACUUCGUUUCAAUAAUUUCAACUAAACAUGAAAAUCUGAUUGUGAACGCCUAUUAAAUUUCUUAAUUUUUUUUUA